AUGAUCAGGUCUGACCCGUUUGUAAUGGGAGGAUCCUGUCAUGAGCUGUUUGGCUUUGACAUCUGCAAACCUCAAGCCUUGGGUUCUGUCAACAUCUCACCAAGCUGUCAUGAGCUGUUUGGCUUUGACAUCAUGCUGGAUGAGAACCUCAAGCCUUGGGUUCUGGAGGUCAACAUCUCACCAAGCCUCCACUCCAGCACCGCUCUGGACGUGGCCAUUAAGGGCCAGAUGAUCAGAGAUGUGUUGAACCUGGCGGGUUUCCUUCUGCCUCAGAGAGAAGAGGUGCUUCCCUCCGCCAGCAGCUCUGCCAGCAGUCUGUGUGGAGGGACACGGGAGAGAUCCAGACCCGAGAUUUCAACUGAUGAGAAAGUCAAGCGGGCCUUCUACCUGAGCCAGCGCUUCGCAGAUCAGGACUUGUUCUCCUCCAUCCUGGACGUUCUGACUCCAGAGGACGUACGUGUUCUGGCUGAGACGGAGGACGAGCUGAGCAGGAAGGGAGAGUUUGAACGCGUCUUCCCCUCUCACUCCUCCUCACGGUACCUGCGCUUCUUCAAACAACCACGCUACCUCAACAUCCUGCUCAACCAGUGGGAGACCAAGUACGGACAGAACAGGAGAGAAGGAGUCUGUGUGCUGAGGAGUCUGUGUCAGAAAGGAGUCCAUCUAGGAACCACCGACCCUGCACAUCUAUGGUCCAAGUCGACCUACGUUCCCAAGUCUGAUCACCCCAGGCAGGAGCCAAGGAGAUCGAGUGUGGUGGUGAGUCACAGAUCCAGGCCCCAGCCAGACCAGGAGGAGUACUGUUUCUCCCAGGAGGUCACCACCUCCCUCCUGGGCUCCUCCAGCCCCAGCCUGGCCACCGAGUCUACAGCCAGCGUGCCACCCAGAGAUGAGGAGUUCCAGGAUUAACCUGCUCUCACUGCAACCUAACACGGUUGACUUCUUGAAGAAGGCAUAAACACAUCCUCUGUUUGGGGAUGUGAACGCCGUAGGUGUGAUGGAGGGUCAAGUCAACAUGAACACCUUUCUCUCUCUCUCGAUGCAUAUUCCUCUUUUCACUACCAUAGUCUGAACUGGAGAGGGACAAACCGCUGAGUUUUCUGAUGGUUUUUUUUCAUAAUGUGGAGUGUUGGUCCUGGAUAAGGGGGAGGGGCUUCUCUGGACCAGGUGGACAGACAGCAGCUUUGGCCAAUCGACCGAGGAGAAAAUCUAAGGCUGCUCUGCCUACUUAGAGCCAGUCCAAUCAGAUUCCACUCCUAGGUGUGUUUACAUCAAAUAUAAAUCAACAUUUAUUGGUACACACAUUUUGUUAUUGCAGGUGCAGUGAAAUGCUUGUGUUUCUAGCAUUUCAGGCUUGUUACUAUGGGAUGGGUAUAUAUAUAUAUAACUACAUUUCAGGCUUGUUACUAUGGGAUGGGUAACUGCAUUUCAGGCUUGUUACUAUGGGAUGGGUAUAUAUAUAUAACUGCAUUUCAGGCUUGUUACUAUGGGAUGGGUAUAUAUAUAUAUAUAUAUAACUGCAUUUCAGGCUUGUUACUAUGGGAUGGGUAACUGCAUUUCAGGCUUGUUACUAUGGGAUGGGUAACUGCAUUUCAGGCUUGUUACUAUGGGAUGGGUAACUGCAUUUAUUUGGCUGGUCAUUUUACAUAUGCUUCACAAUUUUUACAAUUUGAAGUUGUACCAAUAAUUGUUAUGAAUAAAUAAUUGAAUUAACAGUUGUGCUAUCAGACUAGGGAAAUAACUGCUCAGGUUCAGACAUUAAAACUGAUAUUUGAAGAA